ACGGUAGACACGAUUCUUUUCACGUUAGUCUUGUUCGUCGUGGCGACGGGUGUGCGUUUGGUUGAUGGUAAUGUCUUCGAUCAAGUAUUGUUCCUAACCAGGAGCAAUUUGAUUGAGACAUAGAGACUGCUGAAUAUCGCAGCCACAACUGACAACCUUCAACUACAAAGACAUCGGACUGAAAACCAAUCACAAUUUUUGCUCAAUUCGAUAAAAGAGUUAUACAAGAAUAUAAUCUGCGAAAGACUGUGAAGAACAGUCGCAAUCAAUAUACAAGUCACGUAUUUAAGUACACUGAAGCUCAAUAAAGCCUGCUUGUACUACGACGACUGGAGAUUUGAGAAAUUACUGCUCAGAAAUUUACUUUGGAUCUACAUGAAUAAUAAACUAAAGAAUAUUUUUACAACGCACCGUUUGAGAUUGAAUAUAUGUUGUUGGUAUUGAAACAGAAUUUCAAAAUUGUUCUGAAACAUUGAACAAUUUGAAAUUGGUAAUAGUAUACACCUAGUGUUUAGCUGAUUUGAGAUGAAACCACCAAAAUCUAUUCGAAACAUUGUUAAUACUUUACUUGGGAAAAAGAGUAAAUCAACAACAAAUGCAUCUGAGUCACCGCACAAUGAUUUGUCAUCAGCUGUGCUAGACAAAAGCGGAAGACAUCACAGAAGUGCGGACGAUCUUUUAGAUGAAAUAUCAAUCAACUCUAACUCAAAUCGGCUAAUUGUGUCCCACGAUGGAAGGUCAAAAAGCUUACCUCGUAGAUCUCAGUCUUGUUUAAGCGUACGGCCUUCAAUUUCCCGACAGUCAGAAUCGAUUUAUGGUAGACAUGUUGUCAGUGGUCUCGAUGAAACAGCUCCAAGCAAUAUUAUAUCAGAAAGAUCGGGCUCACGUAAAAAUGUCAACUACAGGACGCGUUCAGUUUCAAGUCUUCCAAGGCCUGCGUCAAGUCAUUCUAGAAUCAACUUUUCAAGAAACUCAAAAACAGGCCAAGACUAUCGAUUUGAAGAGAGAGAUGAAGGAUUUGAAGAUUUAAUGCCACGAACAACGUCUUGGAGUCAUCCUUCUGCAGAAAGCGAUAGAUCUUAUUCCUUCAAUUUUCACGAGGGAUCACGUGAUUCGAAAGAUUAUCAUAGACGUUCUCGAACUGAUUCUGUUGGAUCUCAUGUUUGGACACAAGGAGGGAAGCGCAAUAGCUCAGCAGGGAAUAAAGGUAUAUUUUCCUCCCAUGAAAAUUUGGUCAGUGAUGGCAACCAAAUCUCGCGUCUCAGUUCAUCUACCUCUUCACGAGGAACUUUGAAGAAUAGUGAUGCUACUGAAGAAAAAUUAAGGACUUGUUUACAAGUUUUAGAUAGGUUGUCUGCGCAAGUAAAGGAGAUUAAAGACGUAUCAAAUAGAGUCAACUAUGUGGAUAAUAAAGUAAAAAAUGGACAAAUGCAGCGGUAUGAGAGAGAGCGUCGGAUCAGAGAAUUGGACAUAGCAGAAGCAGCUUCUCGACGCCUCAAGAGCCUUUUAAAAUCAGAAUCGAACGAAAUUCCGUCAACUCGUCUAAGCAGCCGCAGCAGUGGAUACGACAGUGAAAACAGUAGUAACAGCAGUCGGCUGAGUAGUACUUCUCCGGAUCAGGAAGGAUUCAGAUCAACCAGGCCGGAGAACAAAAGACCUGGAGAUAGUAGGAGAAAUGGCCCCAAAACAAAUCACCAUCUAUCUCAACCUUACCCACAAUCGUUAUCUGACAUGAUGCCUCUGUGGGACGCAAAAGAUGAAACUUCCAGAUCAUGCGAGUUUACGACCAGAAGGAUAACUCGUGAAGACAGCAUGAGUAGUGGAUAUGCGACUGGCAGCGGAAGUGAAGACGGCAAACCCGAGUUAGAUAGUAUGCAAUCGGGUUACACAAUGCAUGGCAACAAUCAGUCUUUGCGUUACAAUCAGUUACCAAUGCAAAAUUGGCAUCAACAAAAACAACUGGAGGGUUACGAUCAACGGCAUUCAUCUUAUGAUCCCUACUCCGUGUAUGGUACCUACCCGCACCACUCUGUCGGAAAUGUAACUGGUAUCCAAGACGACGUUUACGGCACUUAUGGAGAAUUAUAUGGAUACGCACCGUCUAGCGUUUACGACCACGAAGUAUACAGCAACGGUUGGUUUCAGAUAUCAAAUACACCUCAGUCUUCUGGUGCCAGUAUGUACAAUAAUCAACAUCCAACAUCUCAAGGCAUGCCUGCUGCAAACGCGUUCGAUCAGAAUUGGUCUCAAAUGUCUUACGCAACGCAACCGGUGAGUGCAAAAUACGGGGGUCUCUCUCAUAUAUUCUAUGAUCCUACGGUUCAAUCUGAAGUCAGUAUCAUAGAGAGCAUUGCGAAGGAAGUUGCCAGCGAUUCAAAUAAGAUGGAAUCAGAAGACAGCACAUGGAAAUCGUAUGGAUCUUUCAGGUACCGAAAUGGACAGAUGACGGUGACAGCAUCGGGAAACACAAACAGAAAAAGGAAAACAGUACGGUUUUCACAAACAGUAAGACAGCGAGUUGAAACGGAAGAAAGCGAAGUUGAAGAUAGUACAUCUGUUAUCAAAGGUGGAGCGGAUGAAACACCAAAUGCUGCAAAAAACGGAGACGAAUCGCAGGAUCUGACAGAAAACUCUGAAAUCUAUAUGUGGCCAAGACAGCCGCCUGUAAAAAUGGAGGAAGUCUGCCAAGAAAAUAAAGCCCAACAAAAGACAGUACAUGAACCUAUAUAUGAAUUUCCAUCUGGUCACAUUGAAAGUUCUUGUAUGUGUUCUGAUUGUAUUUUAGCGAGGGGUAGCUGUCAAAUGCAACCGGCUCAAACUGUAGCAUAUUUCUGAUAUUAGGGUAAUUGAAAUUAGAAACCAAGGUAUUAUCAAAGUUUAAAUUAUUGUAAACCAAAAACUUUUUUAUUGUAGAAUUUUCUUACAAAAUCGAAAUGUAAAUACACAUCAGCAUGUUUAUGCAUUUAAAUCUUCAUGCUAAAUAUAAAUUAUAAACCGCGUCAAAUCGAUAAUUUAACUUUGAAAGUUUUAUAUAUUCUUAUAGAAAUGCUUAAUUCAUUGGGAUUCAUGAAUUUUAGCGCAUGUGGUAUACAUUAUUUUACCAAAUAAUAUAAAUGAUAUAACGCGUCACGUUACACCCCAGACGUUACAGUGACGUCACAAGUUGCCAGGUAAUAUUCGUUGUGCAUACGUUGUUGCGCCAUUUGAUUUGAUUUUGCAGAGCAUUUUUUCAAAAGAUAAUUUAGCAUCACCUAUAAACUAGACCUUGUAUGUUUCAUACCCAAGCAUGAGUUAAAGGUACUUUAGCAAACAUGAAGCUUUACAUUUUUGCACUUUUCUGAUGAUAUUAUAAACAAACAAAUGUAUUUUUGACUAUAAGUCUAAAAAUUAUACAUCUCUUGAUAAUUCGACUUUGCACAAUGCUAGAUGUCCUCACAGUGGUAGUAAAUUUAGUUCGUUUCUGUUUUGUUUCGUUACGUAUAAACCACAAAUAUGGCAUUGCUGUUUAUAAUUACCGAGCAUGGUAGUUGGAAAUUGAAUUUGUAUUUCUAUCAAUUCUAACGGAAACAAUAAAAUUGUCGUAAACUCACAAUGAAGUAUUAUGACAUACACACGGAAA